GCAGGGAAGCGGGAGGGGAGGGGGCUCUGGCGGGAGGUGGAGCUGGCUGCAGCUGGCGACUUCUAGCUCUCCCAGGUUGCUGGGCACGGGAUCCGCGCAGCGAGUCGGAGCCGAGCGGCUGCAACUGAACGGAGCCCUGCCUGCAGCAGCCCGGGCGGCCGGAGCUCAGCGCCUCCCGAGAGCCCCGGCUGCAACUUGUGAGCCGGCGGCCGCCGCGGCUCUUGCCUGUGGAGAGGCGUCGCCUCCGCCGGCUGCAGCUCUUCGGAAAGUUGCCCCGGCUGCCGGACGAGUAUAAUGGUUAGGAGAACUGGAUAGAGAAGAAACCUGGAAGAACUUGGCACCUGGCAGUGACGGGAGGGAGAGAGAGAUCUAUGCAAACUGUACCAGCAGAAGGAGGUCAGUCAGCCCAGUAGCACCAGCAGAUCAAUGAAGAAAGGAGAUCCUGAUUGACGCAUGCUUACCUCAACCUCACUUCUGGAAAAGAACAAGUAUUGCGCUGAAAACCUGUCACCGGGCAGCACUCAGGGAGCAUAGACUGUCAGACCUGAGUUACCCUCUGAGCUGGGGCUUUAAGAAAAACAAUUAUCAGGAGACUCAUGACGAAAUCAUGAGAAUUGGCAACACUGCAAUUUUAGAUGGGAUGGGUCUGUCUGAAGAACAAUAUAGGCAGAAGCUUCAAGCUGUAGAAGACCUACUGUAAAUAGAGCACACUAUGGACAAGCUUGGCCAAUAAAAGAUACAUGGAGUGCACCACUCAUUAGAGGUCAGAAAAGAAAUCGUGCUUGAAGCCUCAAGAGCUACAUAGGAAUAAUUGGAUCGAGCAGCCUGGAGACCAUGGAGGGGGAUUGUCUGAGCUGCAUGAAGUACCUGAUGUUUGUUUUCAAUUUCUUCAUAUUUCUGGGAGGGGCCUGCCUGCUGGGCAUUGGGAUCUGGGUCAUUGUGGAUCCUACAGGAUUUCGAGAGAUUGUGGCUGCCAACCCUCUGCUCUUCACGGGGGCGUACAUCAUGCUGGCCAUGGGAGCAAUGCUGUUCCUGCUGGGCUUUCUCGGCUGCUGUGGUGCUGUCCGUGAGAACAAAUGCCUCCUGCUUUUUUUCUUCAUGUUUAUUUUGUUAAUCUUCCUGGCAGAGCUCUCAGCUGCAAUCCUGGCUUUUAUCUUCAGAGAACAUCUGACCAGAGAAUACUUCACCAAGGAGCUAAAGAAGCACUAUCAGGGGAACAAUGAGACUGAUGUCUUCUCUUCCACCUGGAACUCGGUUAUGAUCACAUUUGGCUGCUGUGGAGUGAAUGGGCCAGAAGAUUUUGAAACAGCUCCUCAUUUUCGACUCCUCCAUUCAGAACAUGUGGUACCAGAAGCUUGUUGCCGGCGAGAGCUCCAGGCCCGGGAUGGGGCAUUUGUCAGCAAGGAGGACUGCCUCAUGGGGAAAGACACGUACCAGAACCGACAGGGCUGCUACACUGUGAUCCUGAACUCCUUCGAGACCUAUGUGUACCUUGCAGGAGCUCUCACCAUUGGCGUCUUGGCUAUUGAGCUGUUUGCCAUGAUCUUUGCAAUGUGUCUCUUUCGAGGGAUCCAGUAGGAGGUGCCCCAGAGCAACUGCGAUGCUCCUAUGUACUUGGAAGAAAGACCGAAAAAAAGAGGGGGGGAAAACUUUAUUUUUUUUUUUUUUUAACAAAAUGGAGACAAAAAAGGGUUGUAAUAUAUGAAUGACCAAAGGGAUUGUACUUCAGGGGCAGGAACUUUGAGGUGCUGUGCACUACAUUAAGCCACACCGACCUUCUCCCAGAGCAACCUGCACAGACAUUGAUCAGGAGUGAAGUGCAAUGAAUUGCAUUAGAGACUGAUGGCGCUUGCAGGGUGGGUGGGAGGGAAGGCAACUGAAAUGGUCCCCAUCAGAGCAGGACACUGCCUAGUAUAUUCACAACUGUAUUGUUUUAGAUAGUGAAGAAAGAGAAGAACUGUGUAAUGCAACCCCAGGGCUAGAUUCAAAGGAAGCAGGUCAACCACAGCACAUGGGUGUAAAGGUCAGGAAAGUUUCAAACAACCAGACAAAAAGGGCUUUUGAUACCCAGAAAACUGUGGCAGCCAUUGUUUACUAAUUUCCAUUUCUGGUCUAAAGUUUUAACUGCCAGCCAGGAAAUGGCUGUAGGAAAUGGCUCAGUAGAGGAGGGUCAACUACCAUUACUUAACCCCUCCAGGAGAACCCUUGGACCACUUGGAGUGGAGUAUGCCUUUCCCUGAAGUCCCACCAGAGGGGAUGAGGUGACCCUGUGGGAAAUGAGGAAGAUCCUCCUCUAAUAGGGGCUGGGAGAGGGCUGAGAUACAAUCAGAAGUUUGGUGCAUACCUUUCCUUAUUUACUCUGUCACUUUGGUUUUCUGUUCAGUGUUUUAUGAGAGGAGAGCAAGGGGUUCCCAGAUCCUGAUCUUACCCCUCUCUCCUUUAAAAAUGAUUGGUCUGGCCAAAAAUAGCUGAUGCUGCCAGCCUCAGGGCAAGGGCAUAUUGUUUUGUCUUCUAAAUCUUGGCCACUCAACUCCGACAUGCAAAAUUGUAGUUUGUACUUUUGUAGCGCUCUGUUAGCUUAAUUAUCUGCACUGGGUUCCAAUGUUCCUUCCAGCCAGGUGGGGAAUUCCCAAACAUGGUACUGGUAGCAAAGGGGCCCAUUUGUAGUUGUCUCCCACUCUAUUUGCUUUGUGAGUCUUGUGACUUCAUUUAUGAUCUGAGUUUCCCUUUAGCUUGUCCCAAGGGGCUGAGAAGAGAGUGGAAUCAACUAAAGUCAUUUUAACGUAGCCUCCUGGAUUAUUAGGGUUUCCUCCGUUGAGACGCCACUUUGACAUUUAAAUAGUGUCAUCCAUUUAAUCAUUUAAAACCAAACCUGAGAAAAAUGCAUAAGGACCUUGAUCGAGGGUUACAAAGGAUAGAACUGAGGCUCCAAGACAGGUGGAGCAUUUACAGUGAUAGAAGUGGGCCCAUGUCCUCGGGGAUUUCCUGGAAGGGACCAUGCAGAUGUGAUAUAGGUAAUGGUGAAGCCUACCAGGCCUGCCUACUACCUGGCAAAGGACCUUGACUUAAUAUGCACCAGGGUGAAGAAUUAGGCUGCUGAAGGAUAAGAAUAGGACAUUAGAACCUCACAUACAGGGUUUCUGAGGACAUGUGGAAAUCGCUUGGAGAUAUGAGUCUAAUCAUCAGAGAGAUCUGUGCAUGGACAUGAAGAAAAUCAGUCCCCACCCACAAAUGAAGUCAGCAGUGGAGAAAUGAUGGAAUUGGGCAGAUGUAUUGAACAGUGAAAGGCCUCAGAUGCUGUGUUAAAACUUUUAUUGAAAGGGCUUCUGGGUAAUUACCCCUAGGAGCAGUUGAUUGAUGCAUUUUAGACUUAAAUUCUGCUCCUAUGUAUAAUGAAGGAAAGUGGCUUUGCUAACAAAACUGGCAGUAUCUGCACCUGCUGGAAGGCUCUGUAAUUUGUUCCUAAAACUUUUUUAAAAAAAACAAUUGGCUGCACUUAAAGGUCUAAUGUGGGAGGAGUUUUUGAGAGGUGUGUGCAUAGGGGGAACUGAGCCAUAACAUUGUGCUAAUCCACUAGGAUGGGGACAGACUCACUAAUUGAUGUUCCUCUCUAGAUACAGGUAGAUGAAGGGAAAAGGCUGUGUGACCCUGCCCCAAGAGCUAGUCACUGUGCACACUGAAGAGAGUGAUUCCCAAGGGAGGAAAAAAACUAAAAAGAACACAGUUGUUAAGGUGUGGGGGGAAGGGGAGGAAGUAGUAGCCAAAACAACCCCCAUUAUUCAACUUAUAAUAGCCAGAAUCUGUAGCUGGCAAUAGAAUCUGAAUAGCUAACAUCCAAAACACCAUAAACAGCAGGAAAGAGUGUUUGUUCUUGUCAGUUGGUGUCUGGAUCUCUGGCUGGGUGCCUAACCUGUGACAGCUAGAAUUCUUGGUGUCUGGAGGAGCAACCCAUCUCCUUUGCUUUCAGAGUCCUCCCUUCAGUCCCCUUAAUUUCUUACUCUAUUGUGAAAGGUUCCCUUUGGCCCAAAUCGCGUCUUGAAAUUUAGCAGAUGGAGGGGAAGGCCCUGCCUGGCCUAGGGUUGUGUAAUUGAAAAUGAAAAACACAGCUCUCUGCUUACAGCACAAAGAAUAUGAUUCAAACCUGGAAAGGACAUCCUUCUGAGUGUACCUUUUCCAGAGUAGAGUCUGUCAGCAUGUGCACAGUCCAAUAGAGGAACACGGAUAACUACAAUAGCAAACCCUAAAUGUUGCCUUUCCAGGCUUAUUCCCCUUUGAUUUUCCUAUUUAUCACUUUUUUUUAUCUUUUUUUAUUCCCUCCAUUCUUUUCCUGUCAUGGCUGUUCUCUUGCCUUCCCCCAUUUAUUUAUUCUCUUCCUGUGUCCCUUUUUCUCUCAUAGAAAAGAACUUUUCUUUUUUCCAUCUUGUCUUUCUCUCUCAUCUCACCCAUAUAUCCCUCUUGUCUCUUCUCCUUUCUUUCCCUUUUUCUGUCCUCCCUGCCCCUGUUAUGCAGUUGUCAUCUACCCCCAUUCUCCCCUUAGGCUACAGGGGAUGGAUCACUUGAUGAUUACCUGUUCUGUUCAUUCCCUCCGAAGCACCUGGCAUUGGCCACUGUCCGAAGACAGGAUACUGGGCUAGAUGGACCUUUGGUCUGACCCAGUAUGGCUGUGCUGAUGAUCUUGCUGAAACCUUCAUAUCCUCUCUUUAAAGGGCUAGAAUCACAGGAAUGUAGGACUGGAAGGGACCUCAAGAGGUCAUCUAAUCCAGUCCCCUGCACUCAUGGCAGGACUAAGUAUUAUCUAGACCAUCCCUGACAGGUGUUUGUCUAACCUGUUCUUCCAAAUCUCUAAUGGCAGAGAUUCCACAACCUCCACAGGUCAUUUGUUCCAGUGCUUAACCACCCUGACAGGAAGUUCUUCCUAAUGUCUAACCUAAAUCCCCCUCGCUGCAAUUUAAGACCAUUACUUUUUGUCCUGUCCUCAGUUGAUAAGGAGAAAAUUUUUCACUUUCUUCUUUCUAACAACUUUUUACAUACUUGAAGACUAUUAUCAUGUCCUGUCUCCCCUCGCUUUCUCUUCAUCAGAUUAAACAAAUUCCAUUUUCUUCCAUCUUUCCUUGUAGGUCAUGUUUUCUAGAGCUCUAAUUAUUUUUGUUGCUCUCCUCUGGACUUUCUCCAAUUUGUUGACAUUUCCUGAAGUGUGGUGCCCUGAACUGGACACAGUACUUUAGAAGAGCCUUAUCAGUACUGACUAGAGUGGAAGGAUUACCUCUCGUGUCUGGCUUACAACGCUCUUCCUAAUACAUCCCAGAACGAUGUUUGCUUUUUUGCAACACCAUUACAGUGUUGGCUCAUAUUUAGUUUGUGAUCCACUAUAACCCCCAGAUCCUUUUCUGCAGUACUCCUUCCUAGGCAGUCAUUUCCCAUUUUGUAUUUGUGCAAUUCAUUAAUCCUUCUUAAGUGGAGUACUUUGCAUUUGUCCUUACUGAAUUUCAUCCUAUUUACUUCAGAGUAUUUCUCCAGUUUAAGAUCAUUUUGAAUUCUCAUCCUGUCCUGAGACACACUCGAGAAUCCAGAAAGCAGCACCCUCCAAUAAAGAAAUUGAGACGGCUGUUAAGAGAUGCACAAACCCCUUAUGUAGGUUCCAGCCAUCUUGGGUCAUCUGAAAUGCUGGGGAGAGGUAUGGCAUUUUAAUGAAAAGGAGACUCCAGAAUGGGGGAUCCUUUGUUACUGUGAGACACACAAGUUUUGUUUUUUGAUCACCAUGAUGUGUCACUGCCUUUGUCUGUGGUCUCAUGCUGUAUAAUCAACAAUGCUGGGUCUUGUUCCUCCCAGAGCUCUAGCCAGGAGGAACAAACAAUUUUUUCCCUUUUGAAUUCUUUUGGGGGCAGGGUGUUGAGGUAUAAUCACUCCUCACUUGAGAGCUCUGUGUAGGAAAGCAACUUAUAUAGAGUCACCACAGUGUUAGCCCCCAUGCUGUAGAAUUAUCUAGAGCAGUUUGUUUCUGUAAGUCCACCCCUCAGUGUUGAUUAUUUAACUCUUAAAUUACUGUUGCGAGUGCCUGGGAAACAGCCUGCGUGUGAAAGAACGUUGAAAUCUAUUUUAAAAAUUGUAAAUGUUCCUUUUAUUAGAUAGUGGAGCUAAUUUAUCCUUUAUUGCCUAUUGUAAUGCUUUUUAUAUUGAAAGGAUUUUUUGUAAUAUAAACCAGAACAUGAGCCUGAAGCAUUCUGCACAGGUUGUGUGCAUUUCUUAAAAAAAAAAUAAAAAUAAAUAAAGGUAUUGUGACAGUG